AUGACACUUACCCACGUCCCUGUGGUGCAGCCUGUGCCUCUUCCCGUAGGGAAUGCUGAUUACGAGGCGGCCAGACGGGCGGUGCUGCAAAGGUUUGCGGCUGCUUCUGUCAUUGGCAUCCCGCACCAGUGUGGCCUCUUGUCCGAGGCAGAACUCGACAUCACAGAGAACUAUGACGCGACGGCUCUUGCGGAAGCCAUCUCUUCCAAGAGAUUGACAUCAGUUGCCGUGGUCACUGCGUUUGCCAAGCGUGCCAUGAUUGCGCACCAGCUUACAUGCUGUCUGACCGAGUGGUUCAUGGAUGAAGCCAUUGCACGUGCACAGGAUCUUGACUAUCAUUUAGCUACCACGGGAAAGACUGUAGGUCCCUUGCAUGGCGUCCCAAUUAGCAUCAAGUCUCAUAUCCCUAUCGCAGGGCAUUGGAGAGACUUGGGCUACCUGGAUACGCUGACAAAGGACACCAAAGACAGUCAAAUGGUGGCCAUUCUACGCAAUGCAGGCGCCGUGUUCUACUGCAAGACGAACCAGCCACAGAGCUUGAUGCACCUCGAAAGCACCUCGUUUUACGGAAGAACUCUUAAUCCACAUAAUAUUAAACUAUCGGCAGGUGGCUCAACCGGUGGUGAGGCAGCCCUGAUAGCACUCCGCGGGUCGGUUUUGGGCGUCGGCACAGAUAUUGGAGGUAGUGUGAGAGGUCCUUCUGCGUUUUGUGGCAUUUAUGGAUUCAAACCCACAAGUUAUUCGCUUCCGAUGAAGGGUUAUCUAGAGGGCGGCGUACCCGCUGAAUUAAACGUCUUGUGUUCCACGGGCCCCAUGUGUCUAACGCUGAGAGACAUGGAUCUCUUCAUGAGCACCAUUGUAGGGGCGAAACCAUGGAUUGAAGAUCCUCGAAUCAUACCUAUUCCAUGGACGGGAACGAGAUGCAACACCAGGCAGCCGUCGGCACAAAAAUUGCGAAUCGGUCUUAUGAUGCACGACGGUGUCAUCGUCCCCCAACCACCCGUCACUCGAGCGUUGAAAUGGGCCAAAUCACGCCUUGAAGAGGCAGCCUUCCAAGUAAAGCCAUUUACGCCCUACAAAGUCGCGCAAAUUAUGAACAACAUUCGCAAAGCAUACUGGCCAGCCAGUACAAAAUACGCAGACGCCCACCGCGCUCUUACAGGGGAGCCCAGACAUCCUCUCACGGAAUGGAUUCAACGAGACGCUGCUCCUGUAGAGCUGCCUGCCACAGCCAUCCUUGAGCAACGUCUUCUCCGUGACGAUAUACGUUCCAUAUUCUCAUUGGAUUGGGAGGAUCAAGGUGUUGAUGUAGUUCUAUGCCCGGCAUUCGUAGGACCUGCGAGUAGCCAUGACACGGCAUGGUAUUGGGACUACACGGCAAUGUGGAACUAUCAUUGUCCAGGAGUAGUUGUGCCCACACCAAUCAAGGCACUGAAGAAGGGUGAGGAAGAAUAUGACGUGAAGUCGGCACUAAGCGAGGAGUGCGAACAGGUUAGGAAGCUAUGGCACCAGGGCGACUUUGAAAAUGCACCUAUUAAUUUGCAGUUUGUUGGGAGACGAUACCAUGACAAUGCGCUGUUCGGGGUGUUGGCUGCUGUGAAAGAUGCACUACAAUUGCAGUAG